AUGUCACUGGAAGUGGUGACCACCCCCCGAGCAAUAUCAUGGCUAUGUGGUGGCUCUCGAAUUGCGGCUUGUGGGCUGAACCACGGCGAUAUGAAGUACGUGGCGCGCUCGAUCGCUCAAUAUCUAAAGGAUUUCAGGGAUUGGUUCCUUUUAUUGAGGGGGCCUGCGAAUUGGGGGCGUUAG